GCCGUUGGUCUAGUGAACUGGUGGUGAUGUGGAUGAAGUAACUGUCUAGUUCUUCAGCAUUGGAUGGGGAAUGGCGAGAUAAUACUCGAUAAUUUCAGUAGACAUUUUAACAUUGUAAGUGAGUGUAUAGCUUCUUAAAAGCAUGUUAUAUUUCUUUAUUUUGACUUUGCGGGGAGAAAACAGCAAGCUAGCGUCAGGCUAGGAAGGCUAGCUAACGUUAGCUAGCAGCGCUCGGCGUAGUUUACGCUCAGCUGCCGACACUUUUCAUUUUUAUAAAAAGCAAGUUUCUGGGGUUCAUACAACGAUGCAGUGCUCGGAUAAGUGGCUGGCCGUCAUCUGAAAGUUAGCGCUUGGCCAAAUAACUUUAAACUCAAAAAGGUUCGCAGUCGACUUGAAACGAUGAGCUAAUUUGAUGCUUGGAUUCAAACCUGCGCGAUCAAACAACUACAGAGGAGAUGAGUCAACUUUGGCGGCGAGACAUACCCCUGUCAGAGAGGUUGGGAAAUGACUCUCCAGUCGGCCUCGCCCCAGGGUCCCCAGCCACUGUGGCCCCGCGUCGAUCCAACUCCUCCUUGGUAACAGAAACCCCAGUGGUCACACCAGAAGAGCCAAUUUUUCUCAUGACCUCCACUGCCCAAACUAUAUCGGGUUUUUUUGUUUGGACAGCUCUAUUAAUCACAUGUCACCAGAUCUACAUGCACCUACGUUACUACAGCUCUCCGAAUGAACAGAGGCACAUAGUUAGGAUCCUCUUCAUAGUCCCCAUCUAUGCCUUCGACUCUUGGCUCAGUCUUCUUUUCUUCACCAAUGAGGAGUACUAUGUGUACUUUGAUACAGUCCGAGACUGCUACGAAGCCUUUGUCAUCUACAACUUCCUGAGUCUAUGUUAUGAGUAUCUGGGAGGAGAGAGUGCCAUCAUGGCUGAGAUCAGAGGGAAACCUAUUGAGUCAAGCUGUAUGUAUGGGACCUGUUGUCUGUGGGGGAAGACCUACUCCAUUGGAUUCCUCAGGUUUUGCAAACAGUCAACUCUCCAGUUCUGUGUAGUGAAACCUCUGAUGGCAGUGAUCACUGUCAUUCUUCAGGCCUUUGGGAAAUACAGAGAUGGAGACUUCAAUGUGGCUAGUGGCUACUUGUACGUGACCAUUAUCUACAACUUCUCCGUCAGUCUGUCGCUCUACGCUCUCUUCCUCUUCUACUUUGCCACACGUGAACUACUUGUCCCAUACAGCCCCGUGCUCAAGUUCUUCAUGGUCAAGUCAGUCAUCUUUCUCUCCUUCUGGCAGGGAAUGCUGCUGGCCAUCCUGGAGAAGUGCGGAGCCAUCCCUCAAAUCAGCUCUGCUGACUUCUCAGUCGGCGAGGGAACAGUUGCUGCUGGUUACCAAAACUUCAUCAUCUGCAUUGAGAUGUUCUUUGCUGCUGUUGCUUUGCGCCAUGCCUUUACUUACAAAGUCUACAUGGAUAAAAGACUGGACUCAUAUGGCUCAUUUCCUAUCUAUGGACAGUACGGUCGCUGUGCCCCAAUGAAGAGCAUCUCCAGCAGCCUGAAGGAGACCAUGAAUCCAGGGGACAUGGUCCAGGAUGCCAUCCAUAACUUCUCCCCAGCUUAUCAGCAGUAUACCCAGCAGUCCACACUGGAGCGAAGUGGGGGGCCACCCCUCUCCCGCAGUCACAGUAAUCUCAGCACCCGCGGGGACAACGAAAAGACCCUGCUGCUCAGCUCAGACGACGAGUUCUGAGACUCAAACACACGCUCAUAUGGUCACUUUUCUCCCAUAGCCCAUACUGAAUUUCUAGCAGUUAUGUGAGACAAAUCAGAUCUUUUGUUUCAGCCUGAACAUGGAAGAUGAGAUUCUGUUUUUGGAGGGUUUUUUUUUCACAUUUAGACAGCAAUAAAAGAUAAGAUUCAUGUGAGACUUCGUGAGAAAUCGUGGUUAGCAGAAUUCAGGAAUAAGAAAGGGGGGUUUUACAAGAAAAAGGGGAAGUAAGGGGAGAAAGAGGGGAAAGAGCAUGGAGCAUGGAUAGGACGUUACAAAUAAAGUGAGGGAGUAGAAAGGUUGGGAACAUUUGCGUCAAUGUCAUAGAGGUCAUUACUGACAGAAAUAGAAUAUCUACAUUCAUCUGUUGAAUAUUGAUCAGUACAAAUAACCAUGCCUGCAUAUAGCAACCUAAUGCUGCACUUUUGACAACAAUCAGAUAUAAAGUGACAACAAUUUGUUUGACAACAAUCAGAUAUAAAGUGUAUGCAAGGGAAAAUAUGUGCCAUCUUCAUGUGAAACACAUGGCCUCCUUCUUUCUUUAGUUUUUACAUUGAUUCUUAAUACAUACUCCUCCUCAACCCUCUACAAACUCUGCCUCUUACUGAAACCUUGCCAAAUAGAAGGAGUAGUACCCUGUGCUUCAGUUAAUGAGGCAACCCGUUUUAAGAUUUAGAAUUGAUUUAUAGCCAAGAAAACUAAGGAGCCUUCUAAUUGCAGGGCUUAAUUUUAAUAUAUAAGAAUUUGAUCGCUUAUUUUUAUUUUAUUUUUUUAUUUAAAUGUUGUAUGACCUUGAAGGCAUAAGUCAUUUAAAGACUAUUAUGUUUGGAAAAUUGUUAUUCCAGAAAUGUUAUAAAUAUUCAGUGUAUGUUUUCAUUUUUGUGAAUCAAAAGUGUAAUAGUAUGACUGCGGCUGUGCGCCCAACUUGGGCCCCUCGCACAAUAUUACUGUUUGUGGAGCACCGCAAGAACAUCUGUAGGAGAGAUUUUAGUGUGGGCAGAGGGACUGACGGAAGGACAACACCUACACAGAUAACAGAUUACUGAAGAAGCAGCACCUCCCUACAGAGACGGCCCAGCUGUGCUGUGGAUUGUAUUCCCUUAAUUAAGGGCAUUACAGGCAGCACAGAUCAGGCCUGCCUCUGCUGAUACUGUUUAUAAAGGCAUCACUGCUAUAGUAGUAGUAGUGAGUGAGUCAGGACAUUGGUCACUACAGACAGAUAAGGACAGUUCAAACAAGGCUUUAAAUCUGAUUGUACUCACAUCCUGAAUAGGAAUGUAUGUGCAUUAAAAGUUGGUGUGCAAGAUGACAGAAUGUUGAGGUACAGUUAGGAAAAAAAUGUGUUAAAGGCACACACUAUAGCAGAAAAAACUGAUGCACGCUAGAAGAAUAGGGAGUGGUAAAAAAGCCUCAAUUGAGUCAAAACCUUUGGGCCUGCCUGCUAUCCUGUUGUUCCUCUUGUUCCUAUUAUCUUUUUUCCAAAAGAUAAUAGGAACUGUAUUUGAGUUGAUGUUCAUACUGUUAUCAGCUGAUGUUUAAUAUGCGUUUUAGCAGCGGCCAGCGUAGAAGUUGCUUGUGGUCGUGAUCAUAAAUAUUUGAUGGCAGAGCCAAGCGGUGUAAAAGCUGAGUAGGCCCAAGGCCCAAUGCUGCCAGUAAAAUGUACGUUUGGCGUUUUUUUUGUUUUAUGUUGAGAGCAGAAUCCAAACAGGUCUUACAGAUUGACUCAAGUCUAUUGACUGCAGAUAAACAUACACUACAUUAUUUGUGAGUAAUGAAUGUAUUCUGGAGGAAAAAAAACAGCCAAAUGGAUGUGCAUCCUCAACAGUGCACAAUCAACUUUGUAAUGAGAAAAUCGUGUUCCAUUAGAGUGAAAGUGUUUGUGAAUUAUGGAAUCCAUCACCAGUGGAAUCAAAAGUUGGACUGGCUGUGACACUAACCCAUAUCCCUUCCUACCACCUCCUACACUCAAUAAUUAAAACAUCACUUUUGUAUCACAUUUUUCCACUAAGCCUGCAGUGCUUCAGUUACAGGCAAAGGUUGAGUGAAUUUAUUCUAUUCAUUUUUACAUUAAUUUAGUGGUAUUGAAAAAGGGAAAUCACUGCCUUAUACUUUGCCCCUAGGUAACAGCACAUCAAACUCAAGCAUCUUGAUUCAAAACACUAUCAAAUGAUAGUUUUGAUACUAUGUGAUUUAAAAGCUGGAUUUUAAUCAUAAAACUGAAUAUAUUAAACCAGUAAAUACUAUACCAGAAAGGAAAGAAUGUUGUAAAUAGAGUUAAACUAAGCACUGUGAAACAUUCAUGAUAAUGACUGUAAUGGCAUUGCUUGGUAUAGUGCUUUGUUUUAACAUUUUUGUGUAUUAAUAUUUUAAUUUUCAUAUAUUCUCCUGUUUUAUUUCUGUUGUAUACUUUUUAAUUUGUAUAUUGGUAAUAUCUCAUGUUUUGAUGCUAUAUUGGUUUCUGUUGGUGUUGAAAAAGAAAUAAAAGACAAACGUAAACA